AUGCCGCAAGGACCGCAUGGCAAGCUUGUGCAAAACCUCACGCUGGAAGGUCUGCUGAAGACGAAGGACAUGCCUGUGCAGCUCCGAUCCGCCAUACGCGCUGAACACGCGGCGCUUGAAAGCCUUCGCCAGUGCCACUCAGAUCUCGAUCGAUACAUAUAUCUCCGCAACUUGAGAGAGAAGGAUGAACAGCUCUUCUACAGCCUCCUGAUUAACAACGCUCAAGAAAUCCUUCCUUUCGUCUACACUCCCACUGUCGGCGAGGCGUGUCAAAAGUACAGCCACCUCCCGAUCGUCACUCGCGGUCUCUACAUCACUCCCGCGGAUCGCGGACAAGUGCUUGAGAAGUUGAAGACGUGGCCUGAGAAAAAAAUCCGCGUGAUAGUGGUGACGGAUGGCGAGCGCAUCCUGGGUCUGGGCGAUCUGGGGUACGGCGGCAUGGGCAUCAGCGAGGGCAAGAUCCUUCUGUACACGGUGAUCGCGGGCGUGGACCCGCACCAGUGCCUGCCCAUCUGCCUCGAUGUGGGCACCAACAACGAGUCGCUGCUGGCGGACCCGCAGUACAAGGGCUUGAAGCAGCCCCGGCUGCGCGGCGAGGAGUACGACGCGCUGGUUGACGAGCUGAUGACGGCCGUGCGCACGUGGCAGCCGCACAUCCUGCUGCAGUUUGAAGACUUCGGCAACACCAACGCGUUCCGCCUGCUGGACCGCUACCGCGGGCUGCAGUGCUGCUUCAACGACGACAUCCAGGGCACCGCCUGCAUCACGCUCGCGGGCGUUCUCUCCGGCCUCCGCGUGACUCGAGGAAAGCUUCAAUGGCAACGCAUCGUCUUCCUGGGCGCAGGCGAGGCGGGCACGGGAAUCGGGCAUCUGAUCGCUCAGGCAAUGCACAAGCGGUGCGGCGUGCCGCUCGAGGAGGCCAUGCGUAAUUGCCUGUUCGUGGACUCCAAGGGCCUUGUGUGCAAGUCGCGAACGGAUCUGCAGCACCACAAGCUGCCGUUUGCUCAUGACAUUCCGUUCCAGCCUGACCUCUACUCUGUUGUCAAGGCAUACAGGCCAACAAUUCUCAUUGGCGUGUCAACCAUUGCUGGUGCGUUUACGCGCGAAAUCAUCGAAGCCAUGUCAGAGAUCAACGAUCGGCCCAUCAUCUUCCCGCUCUCCAAUCCAACCUCCAAAUCCGAGUGCACGUACCGAGACGCCUACAACUGGACCGGCGGCCGUGUGGUGUUCGCGUCAGGCAGCCCGUUCCCGCACUUGAAGACCCCCUCUGGCAUCACCAUGUACCCGGCUCAAGCUAAUAACGCGUACAUUUUCGGGCCCGUGGGAAUGGCGGCUCUGCUCACCAACUGCCGGCAGAUCACGGACGACCUGUUCAUGGCUGCCGCGGAGUACCUGGCGGAUCUCACCCCUCAAGACAAUCUCGACGUGGGAAUGCUCUUCCCAAGCUUCUCGGCCUUCAAGUCGCUUGUGGUGCCGCUGGUGGCGCGCACGGCGGAGUUCAUCGUGCGGGAGGGGCUGGGCGUGGCGCCCAAGGGCGUGAAGAACUGGGAGGAGGCGGUGCGCGCGGCCAUGUACCACCCGUCGGGCGUGCGCUCCACCACGCCGCGUGCCGCCGCCGCCAUCAAAGUGCCCAGCCACCCAGUUUCCGAGGUGCACUGGGAGGACAUGGAGGAGCUGGUGCAGCUGCGGGAGAUGUACACGGACCUGCAGCGCUAUCUCUUCCUCCGCAACCUGCAGGAGAAGAACGUGCAGGCGUUCUGGCAGCUGACGAUGAACAACGCCCAGGAGAUCCUUCCCUUCGUGUACACGCCCACCGUGGGCGAGGCCUGCCAAAAGUACUCGCGCCUGCCCAUCAACACGCGCGGCCUCUUCCUCUCCCCCUCGGACAAGGGCUCUAUCCUGGACAAGCUCAAAGCGUGGCCGGACCAGAAGAUCCGCGUGAUAGUGGUGACGGAUGGCGAGCGCAUCCUGGGUCUGGGCGAUCUGGGGUACGGCGGCAUGGGCAUCAGCGAGGGCAAGAUCCUUCUGUACACGGUGAUCGCGGGCGUGGACCCGCACCAGUGCCUGCCCAUCUGCCUCGACGUGGGCACCAACAACGAGUCGCUGCUGGCGGACCCGCAGUACAAGGGCUUGAAGCAGCCCCGGCUGCGCGGCGAGGAGUACGACGCGCUGGUUGACGAGCUGAUGACGGCCGUGCGCACGUGGCAGCCGCACAUCCUGCUGCAGUUUGAAGACUUCGGCAACACCAACGCGUUCCGCCUGCUGGACCGCUACCGCGGGCUGCAGUGCUGCUUCAACGACGACAUCCAGGGCACCGCCUGCAUCACGCUCGCUGGGAUCCUGUCUGCCCUGCGCGUGACGAAAGGCGAGCUCAACCAGCAGAAGAUUCUCUUCCUGGGUGCAGGCGAGGCGGGCACUGGAAUCGGGCAUUUGAUUGCGGAGGCCAUGCAGAAGCGGUGCGGCAUGCCUUUGGAAGAGGCACUGCAGCACUGCCUGUUCGUGGACUCCAAGGGCCUUGUGUGCAAGUCGAGGAAGGACCUGCAGCACCACAAGCUGCCGUUCGCACAUGACAUUCCGUUCCUUAAGGACCUUCUCUCCGUGGUCAAGACACACAAGCCGACCAUGCUGAUCGGAGUGUCCACCAUCGCAGGCGCGUUCACACCGGAGAUCCUGGAAGCCAUGGCGGAUAUCAACGAGCACCCGGUCAUCUUCCCGCUCUCCAACCCCACAUCCAAGUCCGAGUGCACCUUCCAGGACGCCUACCACCACACGCACGGCACGGUCGUGUUUGCCAGCGGCAGCCCCUUCCCUGCGUUCACCACGCACGACAAGCGCACGCUGGUGCCGGCGCAGGCCAACAACGCGUAUGUGUUCCCGCCCAUUGGCAUGGCGGCUGUGCUCACCAACUGCAGCGCCAUCACGGACGGGGUGUUCCUGGAGGCUGCGGAGGCUCUUGCCAGCAAGGUGCCGGAGAGCCGCCUCGCGUCGGGCAUGCUCUUCCCUGCCUUCUCUGACAUGAAGGUGGUGUCGCCACAGCUGAUAGCAGACAUUGCACAGUACAUGGUCAAGGAGGGGCUUGGCUCUGUACCUGCCGACUUUGAUGCAGGCAGGGGCUGGCUUGACUACGUGUGCACAAGCAUGUGGCACCCUGAUUCAGCCUGA